AUGAGCUUGAUCUCAUCAAUACCAACCACAGCACCCUUCCGGGUUGCUAUACGACCCACGACAUACUUCCACCUUGCGGCGCGGGCUUACUCAGGCGUUGCCGUCAAGGGAAUCAAUCGCUCAGGCCGAGCAAACAGGAAUCAUGCACCGUUCAACUGCACAUCCAAGCGCCCCAUCUCAUCAACGCCUCAGAACCAGAUCAAAGAAUUCUUUCCACCUCCCAAGGAACCGGGCGUGAAAGAAGUCGAGUCAGCAUGGGUUCACCCAGUAUAUACCGAGUCAGAAAUGAAAAGCAUCCAAGUGGCACAUCGUGAAGCAACCAAUUGGUCCGACUGGGUUGCCCUCGGUACCGUUCGUGUCUUCCGAUGGGGCAUGGACUUCGCCACCGGCUACCGGCAUGCCGAGCCGGGCGAGAAUACACCGAAGAGAUUCAAGAUGACUGAGAAGAAAUGGAUGGCCCGUUUCAUCUUCCUGGAGAGCGUGGCAGGUGUGCCUGGUAUGGUCGGUGGUAUGCUGCGACACUUGCGCAGUCUUCGCAAGAUGAAGCGAGACAACGGAUGGAUUGAAACGCUCCUGGAAGAGGCAUUCAACGAGCGCAUGCACCUGCUGACUUUCCUCAAGCUAGCCGAACCCGGCUGGUUCAUGCGUCUGAUGGUGCUGGGCGCCCAGGGCGUCUUCUUCAAUGGCUUCUUCAUUUCCUACCUUAUUUCACCUCGCAUCUGCCACCGAUUCGUGGGCUACCUCGAAGAGGAGGCUGUCAUCACCUACACCCGCGCCAUCCAAGAACUCGAGGAUGGAAAACUCCCCGAGUGGAACAACCUCCAGGCACCUGACAUCGCAGUGCAGUACUGGCAGAUGCCCGAGGGCUCACGAACCAUGCGGGACCUUCUCAUGUACAUCCGCGCAGAUGAGGCCAAACACCGCGAGGUGAACCAUACGCUCGGUAACCUGAACCAGGCUUUGGACCCCAAUCCCUACCAGUCCAAGUACCGGGACCCGACGAAGGAGCAUCCGAGCAAGGGCAUUGAUAACCUCAGAGGAACGGGAUGGGAGCGAGGAGACAUCUUUUAA